GGUAUCGUAGUGUAGACGAAUUGACACGGUGAUGCGGUUGGCAGUGCGGAUGGCGUAGCAGACGAGUGUAGGCACGUUGAAUGUUCUGUUAAAAAAUAGCUUGUUUUUCUUUUUCUUACUUCAUGCAGCUGUCAACUUUGUUAUUUCUGCACAAGUUCAACAGGCAAGAAUCUUUGGAACUUGAACAUUUUCUACGAGUUACUUGUCUUUUUGGAUCAUACCAAAAUUGUUUUAGAAAAUAUUCAGCAUCGUAUACGGUGGUGGUGGAGAAAGAAGGAGAAAAAAGAAAAGGAGGAAGAGAAGGAGGAGGAAGGAGGGUGGUGAAAGAUAUUUUAGAAAUGGCGGAAGGCACGUGUCCAUUUUAUUGAAGAGAAUUACGAUAAGCUGCAAGAAUGGUGUUGAUUUUAAACGGGGUCCUUCAGGAAGAUGUCCCAACGGACAGUAGAUCGUUGUACGUGUCACACCCUAUAUAUCGUGAGACUGCAACGCAACUUCACUCAAUACCUGCAAAAUUGGUGGGCCCUGUCGGCCUUUUGUACGUUCAACAACGAGAAAUGGCAGCCACUGUACCAGUUGAUAAGAACGUGAGCAUCCUCGGCUCGGACGACAUGACUACGUGCAUAAUCGUCGUCGUGAAGCAUUCCGGUUCGGGUGCAUCAGCCUUGGCACACCUGGAUGGCGCAGGUACGGAAGAUGCCGCAGCCGCCAUGAUUCAAAGGGUGACAGAAUUAUCUAUUGGCUUUCCGGAAGGUCGUUUAGAAUUACAGUUGGUCGGUGGUUAUUCCGAUCCAAGAAAUUAUUCCGAGGAAUUGUUUUAUAAUAUUUUAUCUGCCUUUCAAAAACAACCCGUCGAAAUCGACUUAACGUUGUGCUGUGUCGGUGAAUUAAAUACCACCGUAAGAGGUGGCAUCCAUUGGCCUGUGAUCUAUGGUAUCGGAUUGAACUUGAAGACCGGCGAGAUCUUCCCUGCAACCUUCCCUGACAAGGGCCCCGAUCAGCCGCUCAGGUGUGCCAGACAGUUAACCGGAGGUCAACAGGUGCAUGUUCUCGACGUGUACGAUUACAACCUGGGAUUACUUAGAAUCGGUCCCUUUAAUUACGAUCCCUUGAGAGGUGUCGACCUUUGGCUAUCUCAAACCGAUCAAUUCAUCCUUCAACAUCUAUCGACGUCACCGGAAGUUGAACUUCCUCAUUUUGCGUCGCAGAUACGAGCAACGCUUAAAUAUAUCCAGGACAAUCAAUUUCCGGCUGUUACCGUUUUCCGAGAUAAUAGGCCUCAUUAUUAUCGUCGGGAUGAAGCAACCGGUGUCUGGCAACCGAUACGAUACUAAUUAUUGCACUUAUAUAUAUAUAUAUAUAUAUAUAUAUAUACGUGCGUGCAAAACUUCAGCGUCAAUUUUCUUAGAAGCAUACAAAAGAAAAUUAAUUAAUUGAUUAAUUUAAUGCUCGCGAAUAUCCAUCAGUUUUUAUUUUUACUUUUAUU